GGGGUAGGGACGGGGUAGGGGCGGCCCUGAUGGCCAGCUCUACCGAGGGACCUGAGCCAGCGCCCCACGCCCUCCUCCGCACACGCCCCCAGGCCGGCCGUGAACACUUCGUGGUGGGCCUCACGCACAGCCACAUCGCCUCCGCGCACCACGCCCCGCACACGCACACGCAGUCACAGGACGAAAACGCAGACCCCUUCGCGGUCACCCUCACCACUCACUCGUCCUGUACUCACACGCCGUCUCCAGGCCCUAGGCCAGCGGGAGCAGAUGGGCAGGGGUGGCAGGGGAGAGACCACCCCAGGCCAUGUGGCCUCCAGGUCCCUUCCCUCCCUACUGUGGUGUCGCCCAUGGCACCCCCUCUUCUGGAGGGCACAGUGAGCUGCUUUCUCCCACGGAAAUUCCCAAAUAUCUGAGCCCUUCAAAUCUGCCCUCGCUCCCGUGCCCGGGGGCCAUAGUUCUACAGGUGUGAGGACUGAAGACUAGGAGACUUAGGCCUGCGGUGCUGCAGGGAGAGGAGACUCUUAUUUUGAAAGGUGGCCCCCACCCGCCACCCUGUGAUUUGCAGGCUGACCCAAUGGCAAGCCCUUGGCCAGCGCUCGCUUGUUAUCAAUUACAUGUUGUUCCUGCAGCCUCUGUGUCCCAGGAGGAUAAACAGCAGGCCUGGCCCGGCUGGGAGGGGCGGAGUCCAGUGGCCAGCCUGGACAGUGCCCGGAACAGCGCGUCCCCUCCCCCUGCAUGCAGCCUGCGCCUCUGGCCCGGCCACGUGCGGCUGUUUUUAGGGCUGAAGCAGCUCCAGCCCAGUGCCCUCCUAAACGCCUAUGCCCGGGCAGUCCAGAGCCCUCUCCACUCCUACUGCCUACAUCCCGCCUGGGGCACGCUCACACUGGCAGUUAGAGACCCCGUGGCCCGACCCAGGCCGCCCCAUUCCUAGUCUCCGCCCCCUUUCCUGGCUGCCCAAAGCGCCUUGCCUUUGCUCAUUCAGCAGAUUCUGCCAGACCUGUUUUAGAUUCAGGGAUCCAGCCGCGGGCUGAACAGUGGAAGGCUUCUAUUUUGGUGGGGAGGUAAACAGGAAACAACAGAGACACAUAACCAAGUUCGUUCCCACUCUGGUGUCUGCUAGGAAGAAAACGCUGUAUGUGGGGUGGUGCAACAGGGUCUGGACUUUCCGAGCUGGGGUCUGAGUGAGAGGCCCCACCUGGAGGCUGGGGGCAGAGGGACCCACGUGUGGACAUGGGGAGUGAGGGCUAGGAGGAGAAGGCAGGGCCCAGUGCUGGGCAUCUGCUGUGGUGGGCGCACCCCCACCUGCACCCAGUUCCUUUUUAUGCCAUUUCUAUCUUUACGAGGCAGGGCCUCCUUUAGGGGGAUGCAGCCCUGUCCCAUCACUGCCCUUGGAAAUGUUAGUGGCCGCUGCAUGGUGCCAGGGACAGUCCAGCUGCUGCUCACCUUUCACAAGGGUCCAGAGCCUUGGGCUUCCAGGCACCAGGACGGGUGGAAACAGCACGUGCUCGCUGCGCUCAUGGCUGGGUCUAACCAGCACACGUGUGCGUGCGCCAGACCCCCAUGGCUUGUGCCAAGCAUGUGUCAGCUCAGUGGUGUCUCACAGCACCUGGGAGCUGGGCUGCCGGGGACCCUGUCCCUCAGACCAAGACGAGGACACGGAGGUGGGGAGAGGGAAGUGCUGUGAGCUGCCCGGGUGGCUCAGCCAAGCUGCAGACGCAAGCCGAGCCCCUGCCCUAGCCUGUGGGGUGUCCUGCUCCUGUCCCAGCUCCGGGUCUGGGCACCCUGUGCCUCUUAAACACACUCCAGCUUUGCACCCUUAGCUGAGUGUCCAGCCCCGAAGGCGAGUUAGGAAACGCUGCCUGGGGAUGCACACCUGGCCUUGGGUCCCUGGGGUGCCAUGAAGCCUUCUGGGGGCCGAUCGAAGUCAGAGGUCCGGGGGUCCCUGAACAGGAGACAGACCUGGAGAUCCUUGAAGAAUGGAACAGAUGGGGAAACCGAGGCCUGGUGGGCGAGGAUUUGCCCAAGGUCGCGGCAGACACCACCUCUGCGGGCCGCGGGUGGUCCUAGAGACGGCAUCGGCAGACUCAGAAGCUGCACACUCUCCCACCCAGCGCCGACAGCCACCAGGCCAGCGUGGUCACUGGGUGGGGACAAAGGUCCACAGGGGCGGUCCUGUCACAGCUGGGCACUGUUGACUCUCCUUGGACACCAGACCUAGCGUGGCCUUUGGCUUCAGGACACAACUUCCCCCCUCUGUCAGGGUGCUGGGGACAGGGCAGUGACAUGGAGCGCACCAUCUAGGGGGCAGGUGGUGCUGGCUGAGCCUUGCGAAGGUGGUGAGUGUCCCAGGUGGUGGCCGAGGGGUGCAGGGCAGGACCCCAGCUACCUCACUGGCCGUGGGGGCUUAGCUCCUGCCACCCGGAACCUGGGAGGUGACCACAGGCACGUGCUCUGGGACCUCCCGCCUUAGCCUCUGCCCGAUGAAGCGGCAGGGUGCUGGACACAGCGCAGAGCCUUCUGCUCAAGCCGUCCCUGCCUCUCCGGAGACCCUGAGGGGUCUGAGAGCCGCGAAGUGGGGCUGUUCUGGAAAGGCUCGAGACCGGCAGUGCCGGUUGUGCAACGGCUGGCAGAGGGCUCUUUGGCAAACAGGUGGUGCAAUUUCAGAAAGCGCUUGCAGGCAUGGUUCUCCCACGGGAAGGCAGCACCAGGCGUCGGACGGCCAGGCUGUGGCGGGGCCGAGGGUGGCGGCCACAGGUGAGUGUGCGUUCCUGACCGCCUCCCUUGCUUCCUCUCCGCAGCCACCGCCCGCGCGGCCAGGCCAGCAUGGUGGACCACUUACUGCCGGUGGACGAGACCUUCUCGUCGCCGAAGUGCCCCGUCGGGUAUCUGGGUGCCAGGCUGGCCGGCCGGCGGGCCUACCACAUGCUGCCCUCGCCCCUCUCCGAGGAUGACAGUGACGCUUCCAGCCCCUGCUCCUGCGCCAGCCCCAACUCGCAAGCCCUCUGCUCCUGCUGCGGCAGAGGCCAGGGUGCUGAGGGCCAGGACAGCAUCUUGGACUUCCUGCUGUCCCAGGCCACGCUGGGCAGCGGCAGCGUCGGGGCCAGCAGUGCUGCUGUGACUUGGGGGGCCUGGCGGAGGGCACCGGCACCUGUGAAGGGGGAGCAUUUCUGCUUCCCUGAGUUUCCCGUGGGCGACUCCGAUGAGGUCCCACGGCCCUUCCAGCCCACCCUGGAGGAAAUUGAAGAAUUCUUGGAGGAGAAUAUGGAGUCGGCGGCCAAGGAGGCUCCCCCGAGUGACUGCAGGGCCUCAGAGGCCAUCCUGCCCUCGGCAGGGCCACACAGGAGCCACCCGCAUGCCGGCCCUGCUGGGAGAGAGCGGGGCACUCCGCCGCCAGGCAGCGCCAACACGGGCGGCGCCCAGGGCCCCGGUGGGGGCUCCGCGCCCGAUGGCCCUGUCCCGGUGCUACUGCAGAUCCAGCCCGUGCCCGUGAAGCAGGAGGCGGGCACGGGGCCCUCCUCCCCGGGGCAGACUCCGGAGAACGUCAAGGUGACCCAGCUGUUGGUCAAUAUCCAGGGCCAGACCUUCGCUCUCGUGCCCCAGGUGGCGCCCUCGGCGCUGAGCCUGCCCUCCAGGUUCGUGCGCAUCGCCCCCGUGCCCAUCGCUGCCAAGCCCAUCGGGGCGGGACCCCUGGGGCCCGGCCCCGCCGGCCUCCUGGUGGGCCAGAAGUUCCCCAAGAACCCUGGGGCAGAACUCAUCAAAAUGCACAAGUGCACUUUCCCAGGCUGCAGCAAGAUGUACACCAAGAGCAGCCACCUCAAGGCCCACCUGCGCCGGCACACGGGCGAGAAGCCCUUCGCCUGCACCUGGCCGGGCUGCGGCUGGAGGUUCUCGCGCUCCGACGAGCUGUCGCGGCACCGGCGCUCGCACUCGGGCGUGAAGCCGUACCAGUGCCCCGUGUGCGAGAAGAAGUUCGCGCGGAGUGACCACCUGUCCAAGCACAUCAAGGUGCACCGCUUCCCGCGCAGCAGCCGCUCGGCCCGCACCGCCAACUGAGCGCGGCCGCCGUCCUUCCCUAGCAAUAAUUUAUUUGCCUCCUCCGGAGGACGUGACCACGUGCCAGCCCACCUCCCGACGCUGGGAGGUGCCCACCGAGAGCCCACCACCUGCUGCCUUCCCGGGAGGACCUACUCGGCCGUGUCCCUGGGGCUGGGCCCCGGCGCCUGGCUGAGGCGGCCGCGUGCCUCUGUGCCUUCGUGCCUUCCUGUGGCAGCCAGCUGGAGGCACGGCUUCGGGGUCGCCCUUCUCCCACUGGGCACCCCGAGAGAGCAAGGCCAGCACUUUACUGCCCGGGAGGAAGUGUGCAGUUUGGAAGCGUUCGGUUCCCAGAGGGAGCCGGGCCACACUGUGCGGUGCGCGCAGCCCCGUCUGCGGUGUCUGCCGGGCCGCCGGGAGGGAGUGCCGGUGCCCCAGCGCGGGGGCUGCCAGUGCAUGUGCUUGAGUUCACUGUGUGGGACAGGGACGCAGCCAUCGGCGCCUGCACCCAGGCGCUCGGCCCUCCUCUCUCUUCCCAGCCUCCAGGGCCGUCUUCGGGAGAGGCGAGCAAGCUGCCCUGGCGGGAGGACGGCGAGGCCCCCCUGCCCUGACGUAGACAUGCAUUCCUGACUGUCUAGAAGUUAAUAUCCAGCAGAUGAGCUUGUUUUGACAGGUUUCUUUACAUCCUAUGAAUGUGUGUAAAUAGGUUGUACAUAGGUACUCUACGUGGGAGAUCUUAACACGACAACACGUGUGUAAAUGCAGUUAAAAUCUAUAUGACUCAUGUACAUAUGUUAUAAUUAUGUAUAUUUUCUCUGGUCCUUCAUAAAAAUAUAUUUACUUUGCCAAUAAAAAGAAAAAAGAAAUCA